GGUAGCAGCACUUGCAAUGAUGCUACGCGUAAUCACAAUGAUCCUAUUGGCCGUAAGCGUGAAGGCGCAAGGUUCGGAUGUCGAUUUCGAUGAUAAGACCUGCGGACGUCAAAUGGUACCAGUGGAGGGACUCAUCAAGAACGGCUUCAAAUCCCGUCCCGGUGAGUGGCCAUGGCACGUGGCGCUAUUUCAUCGGAUUGCUAAUGGAGCGAAUUUCGAUUACCAAUGCGGUGGAACGCUGGUGCAUAAGUAUUUGGUAGUGACGGCUGCUCACUGCGUAACAUUGCGAUCGAGUAGGAAACGAAUGGCUCCAGGUGAUAUUCUGGUGAAGGUUGGUCGAUUCAAUAUAUCGGAACGGUAUGAGGAACAGGGUCACGACCACGAAGUGGACCAGAUAGUAGCGCAUCGCGAUUACAAGCCGUUGACGUAUGAGAAUGAUAUCGCCAUUUUGAAACUGAAGGUACCGGUGAUCUUGACGCCUUACGUUCAACCGGUUUGUCUCUGGAAGCGGGACGAUGGCAAAGUUCUUCCGAAAUUCCACGGGAUGCUCGGAACUGUGGUCGGCUGGGGCCUGACGGAGAAUGACACGGUGGCGUCGACGCUGAACAAGGCACAGAUGCCGGUUGUGGAUAUCUACGAUUGUCUGGAGAGUGAUCGAUCUUUCUUUGGCCAUUUGCUCACUGCGAGAUCAUACUGCGCGGGGUUUACGAAUGGAACUGGAGUGUGUAAUGGGGACAGCGGUGGAGGUAUGUACUUCGAACGUGAAGGGCAGUGGUAUCUGCGAGGAGUUGUGUCGUUCAGCAGUAUCGUAGAUUUGACGAGGAUCUGCAAUUUGAAGAAGUACGUGGGAUUUACCGAUGCGGCACGGUACUUGCAGUGGAUCUACGAAAACGCUCCAGUUAUCAGGAGCGAUGAUCCUAUUCUGGGGCACCCAAACGUGAGGCUGAUCAAUCAGGGAGAUUGUGGUAAAAACGAAUAUAUGUUUGGAUAUCAAGAAGAGAAGAAACCCGUCAUCCAGCAGUACCUGUGGAUGGCGGCCUUGAGGCACCCCUUUCAGAAUAAUCAGUAUGUUCCAUGCAACGGAGUUUUGAUCAAUAAGAACUACAUUCUGACUUCAACCUGUGUCGAUUUUAACGAUGACAUUUCGGUGACAUUGGGAGAUUUCAAUACCGGCGAGGUGCGAGAUUGCCAUCCACGAAAUGAUGAUCCAUACUUUUGCUUGGAUCCGGUACAGAUAACCACCAUCGCUGAAUACUUCAAGAAGGAUCGUCUGGUUUUAGCUCGAUUGUCGAUUCCAGCCAUUAUCGGCAGACGAGAACACAUCCAGGCCAUUUGUUUGCCCGUUUCACCAGAACAACGAGGUCGCGUUUAUUCAAAGUACACCUUAACUGGUUGGAAGGAGUCUGGACAGGACUCCAAGCUGCUACAGCGAGCCGUCGUGGAUUUGAUCUAUCAGAAGGCCUGCCGUGAGGAGAUGGCCAAUGUGUCGUAUGCCAGCGAAGAGGAGAAGAAUAUAACCGAUGCGAUCGUUUGUGUACGGAACCGGGAAGAUCCGAACAGAAGCCCACGUUGCGAAGACUACCAACCGGGAACUGCAAUCCAGGCGAUUGAGAAAAAAUCCAAUCGAUACUUGUUGUACGGAAUUCAGACUGGAAUUUCCUACUGUAGCAAGCCGGAAAGGUUCAUCGCUGUGACUGAGUACCUCGAGUGGAUCCUGGACCAUAUGAGACCAUGAAAAGUUGAGAAAGUCAUUCGUUAAUGAUCAACAAAAGUACUUUUAUAAAACUUAAAUGAUCAACUCCUAAAAACUUCCGAAAACGUCACCAUCAACAAGUGUCCCCCGAAAACCGCAUCCCGUUUGCCAGAAAGUUUCAUAAUUUGCUAUCAAUUUCACGCUCCACCGGUUGCCCUCUACUAGGUAGGUGCCACCUCCCUCCAAAUACGCACACACACU